AUGAUCUCACCUCUCAAUGUGCAACCGCUUCAAGAGUGGCCUGUGGGAGAGCGAGUCAUGUCGGCUUAUGAACAAACACGUGUUGUCGGAGUUUCCAUGAACGCGUCGUCAAGCUUCAUAAUCGUGAACCAAGCGUACCUCAGUGCUCUUACUAUACUCUUCCCCUCGAGCUCUUUCAUGAAAUUCUUCCACAACUCGAUCUACGUUCUGACGGAUUUCCGACGCGAGUCCCUCUUGACGUGCCCAAGAAUUUUGGGUGAAGGAACAUCGUCAGUUGAUCGGAAACCCUCUCGCAACCCUCUCGUGUGGCAUUUAGGCACUCUAUCUGUGGCUGCAUACAUCCUUGUCCGGGGCUUCCUGAUUUACGCGCUACAAGAGGGCUCAGAGACUUUGAUUCCAAACGCAACCUGCUCCUUCUUCCCCAACCCUCAGAGGAUCUUUAAGCAAAGUAGGAGCCGAAAGCGUGAGAGGCCUCCUGGGGAUCGCAAGUACGACAGUGAAAACUGGAACAAAAUGAAUUUCCGAUUCCUCAUGAGGGCGACUCGCAUGCAGACCUUCGGCGGGUUCCCUCAACACGGCAUCCAGACUGUCCACGUCCCCCAACACAGGUGGGGCUUGUCCGCUGUCAAUAGGUCCUGCUCAGAUAAUACCUCUGGCGCGGUUGUCCUCAUUGAACGCAUGGACAGCGAGCUUUGUCAAGGGGGUGUCGGGAUCAUAAUCCCGGACCGGGGGCCGAUACUAGAAAGCUUCAUGGUGGGCUAA